UGCAUGUGUCAUUUUAUUUGCUGUGGUUUUGGUUAAACAUUUGCUGGGAAAUGGGACGAUACGUGUGUAAAAAUAGUUAGAAAAAUAUAGGCGAGUGUACUUCCUUGUGUCUUAUCCUAUAGCCACGCCCCCAACCAUCACUUUCCUUUAGAGUACCCCAAGAUGAAGACCAACAACAUGAAGGUUUUGACGUUGCUGCUCGUCGUCUGGAAUGUGGAGGAUACAUCUGCUGCACGACAUUCCCUGAAAUACUACCUCACCGCAACUUCCGGGUUGCAAAACUUCCCCGAAUUUGUGGGUAGCGCCGAGCUGGACGGUGUCCGGAUUGGCUACUGCGACAGUAACAUCCAGUCUGCGGAGCCUAAACAAGAAUGGAUGAAGGAGCUGGUGCGGGAUGAGCCGGAGCACCUGGACUGGUACAAGUUCAAGUGCUCCGGCAACCAGCAGGUCUUCAGGAACAAUCUCAAAGCUUUGACUCAACGGCUGAACCGUUCUGGAAGCAGCCAUGUUUUACAGCGAAUGAACGGCUGCGAAAUCAAUGAUGAGACUGGUGAGGUGGAAGGCUUUAAUCAGUACGCAUAUGAUGGGGAAGACUUCAUCGUGUUGGACCUGGAGACCCUGACGUGGACAGCGCCCUCCCCGCAGGCUUUCACGACCAAGCUUCUUUGGGACACGCAAUCCGAGAGACUGGAAUACAACAAGUACUACUACAUCCACAAGUGCCCUCAGUGGCUGAGGAAGUACGUGCAUUACGGCAGGAGCGUCCUACAGAGAAAAGAGCUUCCUUCAAUGUCUCUCCUCCAGAAGACACCCUCGUCAAUGGUCCGUUGCCACGCCACAGGUUUCUACCCCGAUCUAGCUAUGAUGUUCUGGAGGAGAGGUGGCGAAGAGCUCCAUGAGAACGUGGAACACGGCGAGAUCCUGCCCAACCAUGACGGAACCUUCCAAAUGAGCGUUAACGUCAACGUAUCAGCGGUGCCGCAGGAUCAGUGGGCGGAGUAUGAAUGUGUGUUCCAGCUCGACGGUGUCAAGGAGGAGCUGGUUGUCAAGUUGGAUAAAGAUGCCAUCAGAACCAACUGGAUUCCUCCACCAGAGUUUCCGACUGGUGUGGUCAUUGCGUGCGCCAUUGGGGCGCUGCUGGUCCUUCUGGCGGUGGGAGUAGGACUACACAUCUGGAGAAGAAGGGUUGACAGUGGAUUCCAGGCUGUUGACACAGGUCUGGAUAUUUUACAACCCCAAGCUUAGGAUCAAGACAAGUGAGCAGUGAUCUUGAAGGAUGCUUGCACAACUUACAGGAUGCUGGAAAACUGAAGGAGCAAAAUUUACAAAAGUCGUUACAAGAAUAUCAAAAUGUGAUUUUUAUUCUUUGGUUACAUGAAAAUGUUGUUUGGUUGUUUUCAAGCUAUGAAUUUGCUUUUUGAAGAAAAACAAUGUAUAUUUUAUUUAUUUUUAUACAACUGCUAAGAAUUAAGCAGUGUAGCUUUAAGAUUGAAACGCCCAUCGCACCUCCCUGUAUAAUGUGAUCAUGUGGACACUCCCAUCU